GAGAUUUUAUGAUAUUAGGGCAACUUUAAAAUUUUAUCUUCAGAUUUUGUGGUAUCAAAUUGUGGUAUGAUAAAGUUCCGAGCCUUGUGCAUUUGUGGGACCCUCUCACAAGUGUACGACGUUUGCCACGUCCCCGAAUUUGGGUUCUGGGGCGUGACAGGUUGUCCUUAUGCCCACCUGCAGAUGUAUGCCAGGAAGAUGGCACCUUAUGCCAAUGAUGAGAGGGUGCUCAUUCAUUAUUUUCAAGACAGUCUCUCAGGCCUAACAAGUGUUUGGUUCUCAACACUUGAUGAGAAGAAGAUUCGCACUUUCAAGGAUGUUUCUCAAGCUUUUAUGAAGCAAUAUGAGUACAACAUCAGCUUGGACCCUACAAGGGAUAGCUUGCAGAGAAUUACCAAGAGAAGUAAUGAGCCCUUCAAGGAAUUUACUUAACGGUGGAGAUCUGAAGCAGCUAAGGUCAUUCCACCUCUCACCGACAGUGAAAUCUACUCUCUCUUUAUCAAGUCGACUACCAAGACCUUCCGUGCAUAAUUAGCUCCUUGUGUCAAGUAUACUUUUGCUUAGC